ACCCAUAUAUUUAUGACUGAUCACGCAUGCAAACUAAUAGGCACUCCUGGUAGUGUGGUUAGUAGUAGUAAUUAACUUGCCAUUACAACGAGAUCAAUCACAUUAGUAGCUAGAAUCAAGGAGAUCGAUGAUGAGAAGGCCAAGAAGCCUAAACGCCUCUACCGCCGGCAGCUUCCCCUUCCUCCUCGUUCUUGUUGUCACCUCCUCCUUCCUCUCCGGCCGUUGCCUCGCGACGACAGACUCCCAUCACCGUCGACCGCCCGCCGGCCGCCACGGCCCACCAAGACCUGUUUCGCCGCCAUCGCCGCCGGCGACCACCUUCAGCGUGUUGCAGUACGGCGCCGUCGGCGACGGCGACAAGGACGAUACAAAGGCGUUCGUCCACGCGUGGUCGGCGGCGUGCGCCGUGAGGUCGUCGACGGUGGUGGUGCCGGCGGGCUAUCGGUUCGUCGUCGGCCCGGUCACGUUCACCGGCGACUCUUGCCAACCCAACACCGUCUUUCAGCUGGACGGAACGAUCGUGGCCAACACGGACUCGGGUGCGUGGUGCUCCGGGAACGCAGUGCAGCAGUGGCUCGAGUUCAGGAGCUGCACCGGGCUCACCAUCCAGGGCUCCGGCACCGUCGACGGCCAAGGCAGCCACUGGUGGAGCGGCGGCGCACCGGCGACGGACAUCGACGCAGAUCGCGUCGGGACAAACAACAGGCCAACAGCUUUGAGGGUGUACGAGAGCACGAACGUGGCGGUGACAGGGAUAACCAUACAGAACAGCGCCAGGUUCCACCUCACCUUCGACACCUGCCGCGCCGUCGAGGUGCGCGGCGUCGCCAUCCGAUCGCCGGGCGACAGCCCAAACACGGACGGCAUCCACCUCGCCGGCUCCGUCGGCGUCUCCAUCCAGAACGCCACCGUGGCGUGCGGCGACGACUGCGUCUCCAUCCAGGACGGCUGCUCGCGCGUGCUCGUCCGCGGCGUCACCUGCGGCCCGGGCCACGGCAUCAGCAUCGGCGGGCUCGGCAAGGGCGGCGCCAUGGCCGUCGUGUCGGACGUGACCGUGCAGGACGUGUCCCUGGUGGGGACGUCGGCGGGGGUGAGGAUCAAGACGUGGCAGGGCGGGUCCGGGUCGGUGAGGGGCGUGCUGUUCUCCGGCGUGCGCGUGUCGGCGGUGAAGACGCCGAUCGUGAUCGACCAGUACUACUGCGACCACGCGACGUGCGCCAACCAGACGGCGGCGGUGGCCGUGUCCGGCGUGGCGUACAGCGGCAUCACGGGGACGUACACGCAGCGGCCCGUGUAUCUGGCGUGCAGCGACGCGGCGCCGUGCGCCGGGCUGCGCCUCGAGGACAUCAAGCUCGCGCCGGUGAAGGAGGGCGGCUACGGCCGCCUCUACGGGCCAUUCUGCUGGAAGGCGUACGGCGACGAGGUGCGCCCGGUCGUGCCACCGGUGGACUGCCUCAUGGCCGGAGAGCCGUGAUGACGCCGGACAUGACAUUGUUUACUUGAACUGCAUGCGCGCCACGAUCGCCGUACGUGAUAGUGCCGACCCCGUUUGUAGCUUACACGGAUUGUACGAUAUAGAUGAAUGUAUGUAAAUGUAAAUGUUAGUAUUAGCAGAAAACGAAGAUAGAAUUACGGGAUUCAUAGACAGGACAGGACAGGCUGAUUCUUGAAGCAUGAUUGUCACACCCCGCCCUGGCACCGCCGUACGGUACGGCGCCAAGGGGGGUGUGCCACACGGGAAUAGCGAACCGUCUCCUGCGGAACCGCGUCUGUCGGUACCAGUCCCAGGAUACAGAUGCUGGUACCUGCGGUAAGGUGAUGAAUCAUAGCAACACGAAUAAUAAAUUAUACCUUUA